UGGUGGAAGCAUAAGCACUUCAGAUUUUUAAACUUAUGUAUCUGGCUCAUUGCUUUAACUUCCACCAAUAACGGUUAUGACAGUAGUAUGCUUAACGGUUUGCAGUCACUUCCAAAAUGGAAACUAGAUAUGGGUAGUCCAGUUGGUCCUGUUUUAGGUGCUUUGAACAACGGUAAUACCUUUGGUGUCAUGUUGUCUUUCCUUCUUGCUUCAUGGAUUGCUGAUAAAUGGGGUAGAAAGAAAGCUAUUAUUGGAGGUUCUUCUCUUAUGGUAAUUGGUGCAAUUUUACAAGGUGUUUCCACCAACUUCGGUUUCUUCCUAUUUUCAAGAAUGGUCCUUGGUUUCGGAUCUGGUAUCGCUAUUGUAUCUUCGCCAUCCCUUAUCUCUGAAUUAGCUUACCCAACUCACAGAGCUGUUGCCACCACUCUUUAUAACGUUUUUUGGUACUUAGGUGCUAUUAUCGCUGCUUGGGUUACCUUUGGUACCAGAACUUUGCAUAGUUCUUACUGUUGGAGAGUGCCUUCUUAUUUACAAGGUUUCUUACCUUUAGUUCAAAUCUUAUUCUUCUGGUUAGUUCCAGAAUCUCCAAGAUACUUGAUUGCCAAUGGAAGAACCGAAGAAGCAAGAGCUAUCUUACACAAGCACCAUACUGGCAGUUCUGACGAUGAGCGUGCCCAUGCUUUGAUCAAUUUUGAAGUGUCAGAAAUUGAAGCUGCUUUGGAACAAGAAAAGCUUUACAGUAAUGCUAAGUACAGUGAUUUUUUCACCAUCCCUUCUUUCAGAAUGAGGUUGUUCCUUGUCGUUUGGACAUCAGUUAUUAUGCAAUUAUCUGGUAACGGUUUGGUUUCUUACUACUUGAGUAAAGUUUUAAUUUCCAUUGGUAUCACUGGUGUUAAGGAACAAUUGGAAAUCAACGGUGGUUUAAACAUCUACAACUUGUUUGUUGCUGGUUUUAUUGCUUCCAAUGCUAACAAAUUCAAGAGAAGAACAUUGUUUAUUACUGCACUUUCAGGUAUGUUCAUCACUUACGUGAUUUGGACAGUACUCUCAGCUAUCAACCAGCAACGUGAUUUUUCUGACAAGUCCUUGGGAAAGGGUGUCAUCGCUAUGAUCUUUCUCUUUUACAUCUUCUACAACAUGGGCGCCAACGGUUUGCCAUGGUUGUACAUGACUGAAAUCUUGCCAUACUCACACAGAGCUAAGGGAGUUAACAUUCACAACUUGGUCCAAACUUGGAUCGUCAUUUACAACGGUUUCGUUAACCCAAUUGCUAUGGAUGCCAUACAAUGGAAGUAUUAUAUUGUCUACUGUUGUAUCAUUGUCGUUGAAUUGGUUGUUGUUUAUUUCACUUAUCCAGAAACAUCCGGCUACACCUUGGAAGAAGUUGCAAGAGCUUUCGGUGAUGAUGAAACCACUCAUUUGAGAUUCAUCAACGAAACUUCUAAGGAUAAGUUUGGCGUUGAACACGAAGAAAGCGUGGAUAUAGCUUCCAAGACUGUCUAG